AUGGUGGUUUUGUUAGUGAACGGGAAGUUCUGCAAAGACCCAACGCUUGCCACAGCUGAGGACUUCUAUUUCACAGUGCUUAAUCAGCGAAAAGAAACAAAUAAUCCAUUUGGUUUCAAUGUGACAUUUGGCAAUGUUGAUAACGUUCCAGGGUUAAACACCCUCGGACUAUCGUUUGCCCGUGCAGAUGUUGGAGUGAACGGGCAAGUCCCGCCUCACUACCAUCCACGUGCCAGCGAGAUCUUGGGUGUUUCCGAAGGAACACUUUUGGCAGGUUUUGUGUCCGACCAACGCCUCUUCACCAAAACGCUAAACGUAGGAGACGUUUUUGUGUUUCCACAGGGAGUCAUCCAUUUCGUAGUGAACAUUGGAGAGGUCCCAGCAGUUGCGUUCGCUUCUUUGAAUAGUCAAAACCCUGGUACGAUCUUUAUUGCUGACACCGUGUUUGGGUCGAACCCGUCAAUAAACCCGAAAUUUCUUGCAAAGGCGUUUCAGUUGGACUCUACAAUAAUCAUGAAACCACGGACCAUAUUCGUAUGA